GCAAUUCUGCAGCAGGAUUAUGCUUGGUUUGAUGACAAGAAUCCCGGGAUACUUGUUGGUCGUCUUUCUGCUAGCAUUGAAACUAUAGAAGAGGGUAUAGGUGACAAAAUAGGAAAUUUUUUUUCCAAUAUAACCCAAUUUGUUGCCGGAAUAGUUAUUGGUUUUAUAAAAAAUUGGAAACUUACUCUUGUUGCCUGCAGUAUGCUACCACUUGUAGUAAUUGCCUUCGGACUCUUCGGUGUUAUGAUGAAGAUCUUUAGCAUAAAGGAAAUUAAAGCAUAUGAAAAAGCUGGUGAAGUUGCUGGAGAAGUAUUUUCGGCAAUAAAAACCGUUUUUGCUUUCGGAGGUGAAAAUAAGGAAUUAGAAAGAUAUCAAAAAAAUUUACACGAUGCUAAAAAAAUGGGUGUCAUAAAAGCAACGCUGCUGGGAUUUGGAAUGGGCUUGGUUACACUUUCUAUCUGGAUUUCUGCUGCUGUGAUUUUUGCGUAUGGUAUGAGUCUCGUCACUAAUGAAGGUUUAGACCCUGGCUCACUUAUUGUGCAUAAAUAG